AUGGACAUCGAAAGAGAGCAAUAUGCUGUUAGAUUUUUAGUGGAUUGUGGAUUCCCAACUCGGCGUCAAUUUUUAGCUCCAUUUCGAGGUGUUCGAUAUCAUCUUCAGGAUUUUGUUGGUCAAGGUCGUGAUCCUGAAAAUGCAGCUGAGUUGUUCAAUCUUAGACAUGCUUCCUUAAGAAACGUAAUCGAGAGAAUAUUUAGUAUAUUUAAAUCACGAUUCACAAUUUUUAAGUCUGCCCCUUCAUUUCCAUAUAAGACACAAGCAGAGUUAGUCUUGGCUUGUGCAGGGUUGCACAAUUUUCUCCGCAAGGAGUGUCGUUCUGAUAAAUUUCCUAUUGAAGAAGACAACGAGCAUUCAACAUCGUCAUCGUUACCAGAAAAUGAGGGAAAUAAUUAUGACCACGCUUUUCAAACCCAAGAACAACAACGCGAGAAUGCUAACCAAUGGAGGGUUGGGAUAUCUUCAGAUAUGUGGAGAGAUGCUAUGAAUGACGGGAGUCAAAGAUGA